AUUUGACCACGGUUGAAAGCAUUUUCCACUAGAAGUUGUAGCGCCGUUCUUUCACAAGUGUUCUUCAGCCAUCUGCCAUCAGGGUGCGAUCUAAAAUCAAAGAACACAUAUAAAAAAAUGGGAGUAACCGUAGAGACUAAAACACCUGGAGACGGUACCAACCCUCCCAAAGGAUCAAAAGUACAGGUUCAUUACACAGGAACAUUAGAAAAUGGCAAGAAAUUUGAUUCCUCUCGUGAUCGUGGAAAGCCAUUCGAGUUUGUCCUUGGCUCAGGUCAAGUGAUUAAAGGUUGGGACGAAGGUGUAGCUAAGAUGUCCAAAGGGGAACGUGCUAUCUUAACAUGCUCACAUGACUAUGCUUAUGGAGAGAAAGGCUAUCCUGGUGUGAUUCCACCAAAAGCCACUUUAAUUUUUGAUGUUGAAUUGCUCGGAUUUUCUUAAUCUUCCUGCUUUAGUAAUUUAUGUCGAUUUUUUAUUUAUGGCAAACACAGACUAGAAAUUAUUCAUACAUUUUCACAUUUCAUUUUUAUAUAAAGAAAAUCACAAAUA